AUGAAUGAAUUGGGCGAGUACAGUAAACUAGAAAGCAAGGAGCUUAGAACGGAGUUUGAAUUGACAGACUUCCCUUUUCCUGGCAUAACUGACAACGACUCGGAUGACGGGAGUCAAGGAAAGGACUCCCCAAAUAUCAUCUACCCUAUUACUUCUGAUACGGAUGAUCAGUUAGUCAAUAGUGUGCUUCGGGAAAAUGAUAGAAAAUCUAGCAUGAGAAUGGCUUUUAUGAAUUUAGCCAAUUCCAUCCUGGGCGCUGGAAUAAUUACUCAGCCGUUUGCGAUCAAAAAUGCUGGUAUAAUUGGCGGGCUGAUAUCAUACAUAGCACUCGGGUUUAUUGUCGAUUGGACAUUGAGGCUUAUUGUCAUUAAUUUAACUCUUGCUGGCAAGAGAACAUAUCAGGGUACAGUCGAAUAUGUUAUGGGUAAAAAAGGAAAAUUACUAAUCCUUUUCACAAAUGGACUAUUUGCCUUCGGCGGGUGUAUUGGUUAUUGCAUUAUCAUUGGGGAUACCAUACCCCACGUUCUUAGAGCCAUGUUUAGUCAGAACGAUGGCGAAGUACAUUUCUGGCUUAGAAGGAACGUUAUCAUAAUCAUGGUUACUAUCUUCAUUUCCUUUCCGUUAUCUUUGAAAAGAAAUAUAGAGGCCCUAUCAAAGGCAUCUUUUUUGGCCGUCAUUAGUAUGAUCGUGAUUGUUCUCACAGUCGUUAUCAGGGGUCCUAUGCUACCAUACGAUUGGAAAGGUCAUACCCUUAAACUAUCAGACAUUUUCAUAAAAAAAACCAUCUUCAGAAGUCUGUCUGUCAUUUCCUUUGCGUUGGUUUGCCACCACAACACAAGUUUUAUUUUCUUUUCCAUGAGGAAUAGAAGCGUAGCAAAGUUUACCAAAUUGACACAUAUUAGUAUAAUUAUUUCGGUAAUAUGCUGCGGCUUAAUGGGUUAUUCAGGAUUUGCUGCUUUUAAGGAGAAAACAAAGGGCAAUGUUUUGAAUAGUUUCCCGGGAACAGAUGCAGCUAUCAACAUAGCUAGACUAUGCUUUGGGUUUAACAUGUUAACCACUUUUCCGAUGGAAAUCUUUGUUUUACGAGAUGUUGUUGGCAAUUUGUUACAUGAAUGUCACCUUAUUAAAAAUUAUGACGAGCACACUCAAUUAUCAGGCAAGCAGCACACAAUAAUAACUUCGAUACUGGUCUUUAUUACCAUGGGCAUAUCAUUAACUACCUGUAACUUGGGUGCGUUAUUUGAACUAAUCGGAGCUACUACGGCAUCCACAAUGGCUUACAUUUUACCGCCAUAUACAAACCUAUUGCUAACGAGUAAAAAGAAAAAUUGGAAGGCGAAACUUCCAUACUACUUUUGCAUUUGUUUUGGUUUUAUGAUUAUGAUUGUCAGCAGCACUCAAACUAUUUUAGAUGCUGUCAAUAGCCCCAAUGGGCAGCACUGUCAGAUAUAG